AUGCUUUCAACAAAUGCAGUAGCUCGGUCCUGGCCGUUGGAAAAAUACGCAAAGUUUAUUUACACUGGAGAGAGCGGAGGGCAAACUGAAAGUCAGGGAUACUGGAAGCAAUUUUCGUCCGCCGAAGGUGGUUUUGAGGCCUUACAAGUGUCGUUGUUAGAAUCAAACAUGAUUGUCUGCGAGGGAAAAGUGAUGCACGAAAGUUUCUCUUUGUUUAAUGCCAGCAAGUGGUUGAAAGGCAUUGUCAAAGGCGAUAGUAUGCUGUUUCUUUACAGGAUGAAUAACGAUUGCCGGCGAUUCAGAAUCAAAUUUAAAAGAAGCGCUGAUCGAUUAGCGAUAGAAAAUUGCCGCCAUUUUGUUUCCGAGAUCUCGCCCAAGAUUCCUGUGAGAGAGCUGCCAGCGUCUGCUGAGUCUGACUCGCAAGUUCCAAUGGAAGACUCUCAACUUAUUUUAUCGGAUUCCCAGCCAACCAAUAGAGAAACUACCGACAGUGCCGGCUGUGGAUCUGCUUCCGUUGGUCUAACACUUCCUGUCUUAGCAAAUAAGAUUACAUCGGUAGAAUCUCGUUUGGAUGCAGUACAGAGCGGUAGUAACCUUAUUACACCACAAGAUCAAUUAAGCUUGAUGAUAAGACUCUGUUUGACCGACAGUAACUUCCCUGACUUCGUGGAAGCUGUGGAAAAGGAACUGAAAAGCCUUACAUCACUAGAAUAAAGGAGAACCGAUUGAUAUAUACAGGUGUAAGGAUGCUCGCUUACCUGAUGUUAAGAUGUGUAGAAGUUUUGUCUACCAGGUGUCUAAUAAUAUCAGGGGUCGUUAAGAAGCAUAGACGGGAACGUGUUCGAAACCUUCGCUAUUCUUGUCUUUACAAUGCUUUGGGUUGUCACAUGACUUCUUAUCUUUCAAUCAACCUCAUGCCCGAUGCGAAUGAACUUCUUAACCCUAAUCCCUA